GUAACUGUACCAACUGAUCGCCAACGCCUCUGAACGACGGAGUAUCAAAGCGUCAUCGGCGCGCCUCCCGCCAUUCGACGCGAUGGCGGCGCGCUCACAACUCCUGCGCACAGUGUUCAAUGGCCAACAAAUUCGUAAGUUGCACGAACUUAAGAAGAAGGAUAGACCGGGCGUGAUAAGACUGAGAGAAGUAUUGGAGGAUAGGUUGCAAGAGAUUAAAAAAGCCAAGACAUGGAAACACGAGAGAGUACUGACCUCACCCCAGGACACUAAGGUGAGAGUAAAAGGAGCAGAAGGCCAGUUUUUAAAUUUCUGCGCCAAUAACUACUUAGGACUUUCUAAUCAUCCAGAAGUAGUAGAGGCAGCGCGCGAAGGAUUAAAAAAUUAUGGUGCAGGCUUAAGUUCAGUACGGUUUAUUUGCGGAACACAAACUAUACAUAAGGAAUUAGAAGAACGUCUUUCUAAAUUCCAUGGUCGCGAGGACACCAUACUCUAUGGCUCGUGCUUCGAUGCGAAUGCGGGUCUGUUCGAGUCAAUGCUGACACAAGAGGACGCCGUAUUCUCUGAUGCACUCAACCACGCGUCUAUCAUAGACGGUAUUCGUCUUUGCAAAGCGCAGAAGUUCCGGUACCCUCACAGAGAUCUCAAUGAACUGGAACAUCUGUUAGCGCAUAGCGAAGCAAGACUAAAGCUGAUAGUGACAGAUGGCGUAUUCUCUAUGGACGGCACGGUCGCACCAAUCAAAGGUCUGCGCAGUUUGGCCGACAAAUACCGAGCGCUACUCGCAGUCGAUGACAGCCACGCUACAGGCUUCUUUGGCGAAACGGGACGGGGAACAGAAGAGUAUUGCGGUGUGGUGGGCGCGGCGGACAUCAUCUGCUCGACGCUGGGCAAGGCGGUGAGCGGCGCAGCGGGCGGGUACACCACAGGCCCGCGCGAGCUCAUCACUCUGCUCAGGAACGUGUCUCGCCCUUAUCUGUUCUCUAACGCACCACCACCACCAGUGGUAGCUGCAUCGUUGAAGUCACUAGAUCUCGUGGAGCACAGUGGUGAGCUCCGUCAGCGACUGCGCGAGAACACGCGUGAGUUCCGCGCGGGGCUGCAGGCGGCCGGACUCACAGUGGCUGGAGAUGACCACCCCAUCUGUCCAGUUAUGGUCGGCGAGGCACCGCUUGCCGUCGACCUGGCUACUGGAAUGCUUGAACGUGGCAUUUACGUGGUGGCAUUCAGUUACCCAGUGGUGCCAAAAGGUGGUGCUCGAGUGAGAGUACAGAUCAGCGCUGCACACGCGCCACAAGACAUAAAGCAAGCUGUAGACGCGUUCGCAGAUGUCGCUAGGAGCGUCGGCAUCGUCAAAUCAUAGACAUUUUUAUUAUCUGUAUCGAGAAAAUUAAUAAUUUGAAGUGUUAAUAUCCUGUAAAUA